AUUUAUGUUACUUCACUUGCACCCAAGGCACGAGACAUGGACACUCACUGACGGGGGAUUUUCUCUUUACAGUUUAUAUCUGGGGCUGUGACACCCUUGGCUUCAGGUCUUCGUGGAAAUCACUGAUUUUGUGACAGAAAAUGUCGGUUAAACUGAGUAGCUUCAAAAAGCUGGGGGCAGAGAAUAAAUCAUUUGAAUCAGAGGAAUCAGAGAACUGUAAAGAGACAGUAGAUUUAAAUACAAAUGGAAAUAGCUCCUCGAAGAAAAAUGACAGAUCCAAAAAGUCACAGGACAGCAUCAGAGUUGGCUUCUUUCAAUUGUUUAGAUUCGCCUCUUGCUCUGAGACUGUCAUGAUGCUGUUCGGAAGUCUUGCUGCCAUUAUCCAUGGAGCAGCACAGCCUUGCAUGUUGUUGGUCUUUGGCCUUAUGAUUGACACCUUUAUAGAAUAUGAUAUUGAGAUGCAAGAGAUGCGGAACCCUAACAAGACUUGCACAAACAACACAAUUGUAUGGAUUGAUGGCUCUUUAGCGCAGGAUAAGGAUAACAAGACCUUAAGCUGCAGUAUUCUGGAUAUUGAAUUCGAAAUGACAAGAUUUGCCACUUACUACGCAGGGAUAGGUUGCUCAGUCCUGAUUCUUGGCUAUGUUCAAAUUUGUUUUUGGGUAACAGCUGCUGCCCGCCAGAUUCAGAGGAUAAGGAAACUUUACUUCCGCAAAGUAAUGAGGAUGGAGAUUGGCUGGUUUGACUGUACCUCUGUGGGGGAGUUAAAUACCAGAAUGUCAGAUGAUAUCAACAAAAUCAAUGAUGCCAUUGCUGAUCAAGUGGGGAUAUUCAUCCAGAGAUUCACUACAUUUCUAAGUGGUUUCCUGUUAGGAUUUGUCAAUGGCUGGAAGUUAACCUUGAUCAUCAUUGCCGUGAGCCCUCUCAUUGGAGUUGGAGCAGCGUUGAUGGCUUUGGCCGUUGCAAAACUGACUGGCCGGGAACUUCUUGCUUACGCCAAGGCUGGAGCAGUGGCUGACGAGGUGCUUUCCGGUAUCAGAACUGUAGCAGCUUUUGGUGGGGAGACAAAAGAAGUAGACAGAUAUGACAGAAACCUUGUUUAUGCCCAGCGCUGGGGAAUAAGGAAAGGAAUCAUCAUGGGAUUCUUUACUGGAUACAUGUGGUUUAUCAUCUUCUUGUGUUAUGCCCUGGCAUUUUGGUAUGGGUCAAAAUUAGUUCUGGAAGAAGAGGAAUAUUCUCCUGGGAACCUUUUACAGGUCUUUUUAGGUGUUUUAGUUGGAGCUUUAAACCUUGGACAGGCAUCUCCUUGCCUGCAGGCAUUUGCAUCUGGACGUGGAGCUGCAACAAAUAUAUUUGAGACCAUUGAUAAUGAGCCAAAAAUUGACUGCAUGUCAGAAGAAGGUUAUAAGCUGGAUAAAGUAAAGGGAGAAAUUGAAUUCCAUAAUAUAACUUUUCAUUACCCAUCCAGACCUGAAGUGAAGAUUUUGGACAAGAUUAACAUGGCUAUUAAAUCUGGAGAGACUACAGCAUUUGUUGGACCAAGCGGAGCUGGAAAAAGUACCACAGUUCAACUCAUUCAGCGCUUCUAUGAUCCAGAUGUAGGCAUGGUGACGUUAGAUGGCCAUGAUAUUCGUUCUCUCAACAUUCAAUGGCUGCGUUCUUUGAUUGGAAUUGUAGAGCAGGAACCAGUCUUGUUUGCAACCACAAUUGCAGAAAACAUUCGUUAUGGAAAGGAGAAUGCGACAAUGGAAGAAAUCAUCACAGCUGCAAAGGAGGCAAAUGCAUACAACUUCAUAAUGGACCUCCCACAGAAAUUCGACACUUUAGUUGGAGAGGGUGGAGGUCAAAUGAGUGGAGGACAGAAACAAAGAAUUGCUAUUGCUAGAGCUUUGGUCAGAAAUCCCAGAAUCCUCCUUCUAGAUAUGGCCACAUCUGCUCUAGAUAAUGAGAGUGAAGCCAUUGUCCAAGAGGCUCUUGACAAGGUCCGUUUUGGAAGAACAACAAUAUCAAUUGCACAUCGUCUGUCAACAAUUAAGAAUGCAGAUGUGAUAGUUGGAUUUGAACAUGGUAGAGCUGUAGAAAAAGGAACCCAUGAUGAGCUGUUAGAGAGAAAGGGGGUAUAUUUUACUCUAGUGACUCUACAAAGCCAAGGAGAUAAAGCAUUGCAUAACAUGGAAAAGAAAGAAAAAUCCAAUAAAGAAUUUGAGGAACCAAAACUAGAGACAUUACAACCUUUAAAAAGAGGAAGCUAUCAGGCCAGCCUGCGAGCUUCUAUUAGGCAGCGUUCAAGAUCUCAGCUAUCUAAUUUAGUGCCAGAUACACCAUUAUUGGUGGUUGGUGCUGAUGCAUCUGAACCCAUACAACAUGCAAAUCGUUAUGAUGAUGAAAGCAACACAAAAAUGGAUAUUGUAGCGGAAGGUGAGGAAAAUAUUGAGCCAGCACCAGUUGCACGGAUUUUAAAGUACAAUGCUCCGGAAUGGCCAUAUAUGUUAUUUGGAUCAAUAGGUGCUGCAAUAAAUGGUGCUGUCAGUCCUUUGUAUGCAUUACUCUUCAGCCAGAUUCUUGGGAUAUUCUCUCUACCCGAUGAAAAAGAACAGAGGGACCAGAUUAAUGGCAUCUGUGUGCUUUUUGUUUUGAUUGGUGUUGUAUCAUUCUUAACACAGUUUUUGCAGGGUUAUACUUUUGCCAAGUCUGGGGAACUGCUUACACGCAGGCUGAGAAAGUUGGGAUUUAAAUCAAUGAUGGGCCAAGAAGUUGGAUGGUUUGAUGACCCUAGAAACAGCCCUGGAGCCCUGACCACAAGACUUGCAACAGAUGCCUCACAAGUCCAGGGGGCAACUGGAUCCCAGAUCGGAAUGAUUGUGAACUCUAUCUCUAACAUCGGUGUUGCCCUUAUAAUUGCUUUCUACUUUAGCUGGAAACUAACCCUAGUUAUCAUGUGUUUCCUGCCAUUCCUGGCCAUAUCUGGGGCCCUGCAAGCCAAGAUGCUCACAGGGUUUGCGAAUCAAGAUAAACACGCUAUGGAAGCUGCUGGAAGAAUAUCAAGUGAAGCUCUGGGAAACAUCAGAACUAUUGCAGGAAUUGCCAAGGAGAAGACCUUUGUUGAUAUGUAUGAAGAACAGCUUGAGGCUCCAUACAGAUCUGCAAUCAAGAAAGCCAAUGUCUAUGGAUUAUGUUUUGGCUUUGCACAGUGCAUUGUUUUCAUUGCCAACACUGUGUCAUACAGAUAUGGUGGAUAUUUAGUAGACAAGGAAGGUCUUCACUACAGUUUUGUUUUCAGAGUAAUAUCUUCCAUUGUGACCAGUGGAACUGCUUUAGGAAGAGCAUCAUCCUAUACUCCCGACUAUGCCAAAGCUAAAAUCUCUGCUGCUCGCUUCUUUAAACUGGUGGACCGCAUUCCAAAAAUUAGUGUGUAUAGCGAUUAUGGAGAAAGAUGGACUGAUUUCAAAGGAAGCAUUGAUUUUAAAGACUGCAAAUUUACUUACCCAACCCGUCCAGAUAUCCAGGUACUGAAUGGCCUUGAUGUUUCUGUGAAGCCAGGACAGACCCUUGCUUUUGUUGGCAGCAGUGGAUGUGGCAAAAGUACAAGUGUGCAACUUCUUGAAAGGUUUUAUGAUCCAGACAAGGGCAAAGUGCUCAUAGAUGGGCACAACAGCAAGAACAUCAAUGUUGCCUUCCUUCGCUCUAAGAUUGGCAUUGUAUCUCAGGAACCAGUACUAUUUGACUGUAGCAUAGUGGAUAAUAUCAGAUAUGGAGAUAAUACUCAAGAACUCUCUAUGGACAAGAUCAUUGAAGCAUCCAAGAAAGCCCAGCUGCAUGAAUUUGUUAUGGGACUUCCAGAUAAAUAUGAUACCAAUGUUGGUGCUCAUGGGUCCCAGCUUUCCCGUGGCCAAAAGCAACGGAUUGCAAUUGCCCGAGCAAUAGUCAGAGACCCUAAAAUUUUGCUGCUUGAUGAAGCCACCUCUGCUUUAGAUACAGAAAGUGAAAAGACGGUUCAAGCCGCCCUUGACAAAGCAAGAGAAGGACGUACUUGCAUCGUCAUCGCCCAUCGCUUGUCUACAAUUCAAAAUUCUGAUAUCAUUGCUGUCAUGUCUCAAGGAAUUGUCAUUGAGAAAGGGAAUCAUGAAGAACUAAUGGAGAAAAAGGGAGCCUAUUACAAACUUGUUACAACUGGAGCACCGAUUAGUUAAUGGUCCAAACAAGAAAUAAAAGCUUUGCUGGAACACACUGGUGUAUUUCAAGUGUUUGCUUGAAGGGGAUGAAAUCCAGUGAAGAAUUGUAUGACAUCUGCUUUUAAAGCCAAUUUUGACACUGACUUUCAUUCACUCCAUUAACUUCUACAUUUACCAAUACAUUACAUUUUAGUUAAACUGCUAUUUUUAUCUCUACACUACAGGGAUGUAUAACUAGCUGUUGUAUGAGGCUACAAGUUAAACGUCAUUAGUGUUUGGCAUUAGAAAUAGUUCAGUAGCAACUGUGGUUACAUUUUGUACAGGUAUGGGAUCCGUUAUUCAGAAACCAGUUAUCCAGAAUGUUCUGAAUUACUGUCUCCCAUAG